GCUGGCUGGUAUGCGAGUCAGCCAAGACCCGAGCGUCGUCAUCGGGCCACGGGUCCCCUGGCAGAUGGAUUUGGAAACGGAGAGCUUCAACCGCUCUUUCUGCAAUCUCAGCCUCGGCAAGAACAGCAGACUCGGCGUCAGCCGUCUCAACACAAGCCUCCAAUGGCCAAAAGUAUGAUCUCGAAACGCCUCGGAGGUCGAGUGAAUGGUGAACUGGACGAGCGGUUGGUCGGGCCGCCGGGACAAGAGUCUGGUCGACGGGUCCCAAUGACGGUGAACAAUGCGAUCGAGCCGAACCGUGAAAAAUUGGUUCCGUCAAAAGCCUUGCCCACAGACCGGCAGACUGAGACUGGCCACUUCCAAAAGAGGCCGUACCGAACGCCGGCCCACGGCACUGGGAUCACAAUUGUAACAGUUGCCAGCCCCCUCGAUGCGGCCUGCUUGCCCGCUCAGUCAACAGAAACUGGAGAUUUGGUGGACCAGACGAGAGCAUCCCUGAAGCAGCCAUGGCAACAGACAACACGCAAACGGACACAGCAUCAAUCGCACGGACGACCGUCGGCCGGACAGCAUAUCCAGCAUCAACUGGUAGCUUCGGAUACUUCUGCACUGAGGCCGUCUGUUGAUAGCAGCCUCGCUGUUGGUGGUUCAGUUGGUGUGGAGAUUAAUGACCUCUCGACAGGAAACAGUCCUGAGUCUUGCUCGCAUCCCAACCAUCGUCAUCGGCAUAUACACUCGCACAACCACCAACACCACAGCCGUCGACAUCAGCCACAGCAUCGCCAACCACCGCAAGCUGAUCAGCCUAUUUUGAUACAGUCUGAGCACCAAAUGGAGUAUUUUUUGGCGCCGGCUGGGCCUCGAACCCAUCUGCGCCAGAAUAAUCGGCAGCACAAAUCACAUUCCGAUAAACAGAGGAUGGAUAGAACGACAUCCACUGAUCGACCUACCAAACAAUCAGUGGCUUCAGAUGAAUCGGCUCUCAUUCUGGAACCAGCUUCUUUUUUAUCUGCAUGA